AUGAAGCGUUCAACUGCGGGUUCCGCCAAUGAAGCAGCAAAACGGCAGAAGGUUUCGAGUGCGACAGGUACUAGGAACCAAGGCAAGGGAAAGGAAACAUUAGAGUGGCCUGAGUAUUUCCAUGAUGCAUUGAACACAGUUCUUGCAUUUUUAUCUUCCCGCAAGCAUCUUGCAACCACUUUUCCUAUGGUUCGUUCCUCCGUCGAAGGUCUUCUGAAAAGACCACUCGAACUGUUUAAAGUCGCCGAACUCAAAGCCCUUCUCCCGGAUAUCGUCGAGUUCGCUUACAUUCCUCACAGUGACCUCCGCAUACAUGGAGAGACAGUUUCUCAACAGAAGAAACGUUCAAACAGCCCUGACUUCGCGCUUCACUCACAGACUCUUGCCAUUGACACACCGUCGAGCUCUCGACUCCCAGGUCAUGAAGAGGAAGAGCAUGUCCUUCGACUAGAAUUUUCAGAGAACCUUUGCAGGACCACAAAGCUUAUCAAGGCCACUCCAGAGGGAGAGGUAUCCGCGGAUUUGCUUCAAGCAGCAGCAAGAGACCACAUCCCCGUAAACCCUUCCGCAAAGAAAGCCCUAGCCACCAGUGACCUCCAGAAUCUGAUAAUACCCGAACCUAAAGACCGGCCCUCUAUUGACGACAUAAUACUAGAAAUUCAACAACAACAAUGGUAUAAAAUCCAAAUUGCCGACCGGCGGACAAUCAAGGAGAAGGAAGCUAUUGAAGGAUUGCUGGAUGAGCCUCUUUCACAUACAAUACAACAAGCAUUGCGAGAGUCGCGAAAUAUAACCUCGCUAUAUUGCCAUCAAACUGCCGCCAUCAACGCUAUUGCGCGGAGGAACCAUGUCAUUGUUUCGACCAGUACUGCGUCAGGCAAGAGUGUGAUUUAUCAGGUUCCUUUACUGAAGUUUCUAGAAGACAAUUCUAAUUCCACAGCCAUAUUUAUAUACCCCACCAAGGCUUUAGCUCAGGAUCAACGUACUGCGCUGGAGCAGUUGCUAUGGGCCUGCCCCGGACUGCAGCAUAUUAAGGUAGCGACGUAUGAUGGGGAUACCCCGCAGGAUCACCGGAGAACUAUUCGGGAGACUUCCUCCGUCAUCUUUACCAACUUUGACAUGUUGCACACUUCUAUUCUACCUCAUGAGGAGCAUUGGCGGACCUUCAUGAAAAACCUCAAACUCGUAGCAGUCGACGAACUGCAUUACUAUUCCAAUUUAUUUGGGAGUCAUGUUGCUCAGAUCAUCCGCCGUUUCCGCAGGAUCUGUGCAGCUGUAGGGAACCAGCGAGUUAUAUUUGUAUCAUGUAGCGCCACGAUAUCGAAGCCAAGUCAGCAUAUGAAACGCCUUUUCGGGGUCGAGGACGUGGAAGAAAUCGUUGAGGAUGGCGCUCCAUCUGGCAAGAAGGAUUACUUAGUCUGGGAUCCUCCUAGUAUGAAGAAUCAGGAUCCUGGGGUUGCAAAACUCGGACAAUCGAGGCCAAUGUGUGAGGCCAUCAACCUCAUGAUAUUUCUGAUGAUGCGUGGUGUUCGAGUCAUUCUAUUCUGCAAGUUUCGAAAAGCGUGCGAGUUGGCGAUGAAAACCCUGCGCAAACAGCUUAGUGCUGAGGGACGUUUAGAUGUUCUUGCGAAGGUCAUGCCUUACAGAGGAGGGUACUCUCAGGAGGAUCGGCGCCGCAUUGAACAUGAAGCUUUUUCGGGACACUUACUCGGUAUUGUUGCAACUAAUGCUCUUGAGCUCGGUGUAGAUAUCGGUGUUUUGGACGCCGUCAUCAUGCUUGGAUUUCCAUUUGGCAUCGCCAACUUUCGGCAGCAGGCUGGUCGGGCUGGGCGAAGAUCCCGCGAUUCAUUGGCUGUAUUGGUAGCUGAAGACCUCCCUAUAGACCAAGAAUACGUCGACUCCCCGGACGAACUUUAUAACAAGCCUGUGGACGACCUGAUCGUUGACGUUGAGAGCAAAGUCAUCAUCGAGGCUCACUUGCAAUGUGCUGCUCAUGAAAUGCCUUUGUCCAAGGAUGAUGUUAUCUACUUCGGUGCCUCGCUAGCCGAACUGUGCGAUUCGAAGCUACGGAAAGACAAAGACGGAUGGUAUCACCCUCACCCCAAGUUUCUCCCCUAUCCAGCCAAGCACAUCUCAAUUCGUGGGGCUGAUGACGACAAGUACACCAUUAUCGAUGUGACGAAAGUUGGACUUCCAGGUGGAGUGCCAAGAAUUAUGGAAGAGAUUGAGCUUUCAAGGGCUAUCUUCGAGCUAUAUGAGGGUGGAGUGUUCAUACAUCAAGGACUGACGUUUAUCGUUAAAGAAGUCAGUCAUGAUACCAAAAUGGCCAGACUUGUGAGGGCGGAUGUCAACUGGAUCACUAAGCCGAGAGAUUUCACGGAUGUGGAUGCCAAGCAAACACAUCGAAUCAAAGAGAUUGCGGGGUCGCCGCAUAGAGCAUAUUUCGGAAGAGUCGAUGUGACGACUGUAAUAUUUGGCUUCAGAAAAAUCAGGGGAAACAAGGAACUGGAUUCUGUUGACGUUGAAACGCCGCCGUACGAAAGACAAGUUAUCGGAUUCUGGUUCGAUCUGCACAAAGAUUUACUUGGAUUGAUGAGGGAAAAGCGUUUGGACCUUGCAGAAGCCAUCCAUUCUGCAUCGCAUGCAUGGAUGAAUCGAUUUGUUCUUUCUCCCGACUUGCGGACAGAAUGCAAGGCAGCAGAGAAAGAAUAUAAUAAAGAGGGGUCGCAGCGGAAGCGUCCCGCUAGGCUAAUAUUUUAUGAUGCAUCUCGGAAAGGUAGCGUGUCUGCCCAGGCGUUCGAUCACAGUGGCGAAGUUUUGCGACGGGCGCACGACACAGUGGAAGCCUGCAUUCACAGCGCCACUUGCUCGGAAGGAAAUGCUGUUGCCUCAAAGAUCGGGGCACUCCUGAUUCUGAAGGCAUUACUGAACCUUGACAUCGAUGCCGAUAGUAUCGCAAAGCAAUUCGGCUCGCGAGGACCCGAGACUAUUGUCGAAGCGACGUAUGUUCGACCAUUGGAUGGCAUCCAAGUGGAACCAGCUUAA